CUCUUAUCCUCUUUUUCGAUUCCAAAAUCGAUCCACCCUAGCAUACAUACAUACAUACAACAUGGCGCAAAGAAAAAAAUUGUAACGCUGCAUCGCGUCGCGGUACUGCAUUUUCACAGAUUUGUGUCCAAGAACCUAAGGAAAUCGUCCUGCAAGUGAUAAAUAACAACCGGGACAUAGAAAGACAUUGGAAAAACAAGUGCGCGUCGAGAAAUUUUCAAGGAAUUGAGUAAAUGGUAAAAGUUGCCGGGUGGCCCCGCCAAAAAAGAGAGAAAAAGGCAUAAGACUCCCCCGCCCCUGUUUUGCAAACAUACCGAAAAGCGAAAUGGAAGCCGACAUAACGCCUGCGGCUGAAACUAAUGGAAGCACUGAGAUUAGCUCGCAGCAGCAUGAUAACAGGGAGGACGGCCAGGGCAACAAAGAGCAACAAUUAGACCAACAGCAGCAACAGGAGCCAGGCGCCAAGCCGGUGGAGGCUGGCGUCGCUGGGACUGUAGGCGAGAUUAUAGACUACCUAGAGGAAGAUGCAGGUGCACCGGUAGAUAGGUCUCGGGAUCAAGAUGCGGAGAUGGGCGAGGCCGAGUACCUAGAUGGUGAGAGGCCCGAAGAGCUGGACUCCGGAGCAAAGGACAAAUCUAAGCCCGAUGGCCAAGAGGAAGCAACAGAAGACGACAAGGAGGAUACGGAAAACGAUGUUGAUGCAGCCGCUGACAAAAAGAAACGUUCCACAGAAGCCGAUGAGGACGAGGAAGCUGCAGACGAAGCCGCCGAGGAAGGCACCGAGGGUGAGGAAGCUGGAGAUGAAGCCACCGAAGAGGGCGACGAAGCCGAAGACGGUGAUGCCGAUGAAGAAGGUGAAGGCGACUUUGAAACCGAGGAAGAGGGUGAGGGCGAAGGCGAAAUAAUCACUGGUGACGAGCCCGCCGAACUGGCCGAAGGCGAAACUGCCGCACCGGCCAGGGAGAAAAAAGAGGAAGAACCUGUGGACGAGAACCAGUGCCGGGUCUGCACCAGCAAAGAGGAUCUAGUCAGUCUGUUCGAUAAGCAAAUCGAUGGUACACCCGCGGACAUGCUGCUGGUCAUCUGUCCGAAUGUGUCGAUCUUGCCGAAGGACUUUAUGCCCCAGUUUAUUUGCCCCAAGUGCUUGGGCAGCCUUUCCAUUGCCAUACAGCUGCGUAAGCAACUGGAAUCCACCGAACAAAGUCUGCGCAAGCGCUUGUCCAGGAGCAAGAACAAAGUGCGUAGGCCCCGCGGAUAUGUGGUCAUCGACGCGCCAGUAUCCGAUUCCAGUGACGACGAAGAGGAGCUAAACGAUGAUGCUGAAUUCAAGGUAUCCGAUGUGGGGGGAUCAACGAGUCCGGAUUCCGAUUCCGUGGAAUCUGAUGAAAGUGAGAAGCUGAUAGAGAAGAAGAAGCCAGGACGUCCGCGCAAGAGGCCCUUGGAUGAUGACGAGGAACCGUCCAGUGGCCAAAAGAAAAAGUAUCAGAGCUCAUCGACGCCGUCGGUGGGUCCGUUCGAGUGUAACCAGUGCGAUUUGACGUUCUCCCGCAAGCAAUCCUAUGUGCUGCAUCGCAAGACCCACGAGCGGACAGAGCACACCUGCCAGAUCUGCGGCAAGAAGUUCAAGGUGGAGUGGGCCUACAAGACGCAUCUGGAACGCCACGAGAACGAGCGUGCCAGCUUCCGCUGCGAGCUGUGCAGCCAGGUAUUCCGUCUCCGGGCCGAACUGAAGCGCCACAUGGCGGUGAAACAUGACGAGCAUGGAUUCAUAUACGAAUGCAAACGCUGCCAGCGCACCUUCCUCACGCAGCAGCGACUGCAGCGCCAUCAGAGCAUCGGUUGCCAGCGCCAGUCGGAGGAGAAUCGCUCGUCGCAAGGCCGCCGAGACGGUUACUCGCAUGGAAAUUCGGGCAAGCGCCGUUCCGAGGGCCAUCAUGGGCAGGGCCGGGAUCUUUUCAAGUCGGUGGCCCCGCUCACCACCACCUACUGGAGCGACAGCUUCUCUGACUAAGCUACAUCAUGGAUUGCAAUGUGGCGGAUUUCAGUUUUAAUCAACGAUUUUAAGUUUCUUUAGAUUUAGGUCUAAAUCAGUGCAAAUUAAUAACCUUUGUAAUAAAAUACAAAAUAAACUAAGUGGCCACAAACGAAGAAUGUUUGAUAGUUUGUCUUUUGAAAGUUUCUUUCGUUUAAUUAUGUUUAAAAUUUAGUUUGACUGCCGUGGAAAGAAAAUGAAAUAAUCAAAACGUAUAAAUUAAGUUUAAUGAAACUAGUUAUUAAGUAAGAAUGUAGAUGUCACAACUUGCACAGAAAUUACUUGCACUGUUUUUCAUUUUUUAAGUUUAUUUUCAUACUUGGUUGUCUUUUUCAUUUAAAUAAUGUUUUGGGCGAAAUAAUUUAGUCAAGUAGUUUUAGUAAAUAAAUUGGAAGCGUAAUUUUUCAAACUAAA